AUCACUGGAAUAUUAUCAGGAACUACUAGUGUUUUCUUUGCAUAUGUUGGAUUUGAUUUGGCUUCAACUGUUGCUGAAGAAUGCACGAAUCCGAAAGAGGAUUUGCCAAUUGCUAUAAUGAGCGUGGUUCCAUAUACAAUGCUUAACAACUCUGCGCCAUUAUCUGUUGCUGUUAAUUUGAUUGGAAUGAAAUGGCUAGGAAUAAUUAUGGAUAUUGGUGCAGUAAUUGGUCUAAUAUCCGUUAUUCUCGCAUUAUUGAUGGGGCAACCACGUAUUCUUUAUGCGAUGGCAAAUGAUGGAUUCCUUCCCACGGCCGCUUCAAAUGUUAAUCAUACAACUCUAAUCGGAGGUAUAAUUGCAGCUAUAUCCGCUGCAUUGUUUCCAAUAAAUGUACUUUCUGAAUUGAUGUGUGGAGGUACUCUGUUGGCUUUCUUCACUGUAAACGUAGGAGUAGCAGUCUUAAGAUUUACUGCACCAGAGUUUGAAAGAAAAUUUAAAGACCGAGUUCCAUUUUGGGUUCCAUUAUUAG